ACAAACAAUGAAAGCCAUCCCUUUGCGCCUGCUGUGAACUGGCAAAACUGGUUUGCCUGGCUCUGCUGAGUCAUGGCCAGUGUUGAUAUCUCUCUCAGGUCUUUUUGUCGGCUCACCCUAAGAAGUUACUUGACUCAAGAGUCAACAGCGUAAGCUUUGCUGGCGACCUCUCUGUUUGAAACAGGUAUAAAGGUGUGAAACACAGAAACCUAAUGGAAUGAAUGCAUGAAGUGGAAAUAGCAUUGAUUGAAACUAUCUCAUUCCAAAGGGCACUAUGUCUAGUCGAAAAAUAACACAAGUAGUUCUGGCUGUAGAGCAGCCUGAAGGUGUUGGUGCACGAGUUCGAAGAAGUAUUGGGCGGCAGGAGCUAAAAAACUUGGACCCAUUCUUGAUGAUGGAUGAAUUUAAAGUUUCCAAGCCUGCAGGGUUUCCUGACCAUCCUCACAGAGGAUUUGAAACUGUAACCUACAUGUUGAGUGGAAGUUUUGAUCAUGAAGACUUUUGUGGACAUAAAGGAACCAUCAAUCCGGGUGAUUUGCAGUGGAUGACUGCUGGUCGAGGUGUAGUCCACUGUGAGAUGCCAUCAUCUGAUGAACCUGCACAUGGACUUCAGCUUUGGGUCAAUUUGAAAAGUUCGAAGAAAAUGGUGGCACCUUAUUACCAGGAACUGCUGAGUAAAACCAUUCCUAAACCCAGCAGGAAUGGGGCAACUGUGGCUGUUAUCUCAGGAGAAGCCCUGGGAACCAAGUCACAGGUCUACACACACACCCCAAUGAUGUACUUGGACUUUACACUGGAAAAAGGAGCCAGACAUAUACAACCUGUUCCUAAAGGCUGGACAGCUUUUAUUUAUACACUCGCAGGAUAUGUCCAUAUGGGCCCUGAUAAGGACCAGAGAAGAAUUGAGCCUCACCACGUAGCUAUACUUGAUGAUGGAGAAAAUGUCCAAAUGGAAAAUAAGGACCAUGAAGUUGCUCGGUUUGUUUUGAUUGCGGGUGAACCUAUUAAUGAACCUAUUGUGAAACAUGGUCCAUUUGUGAUGAAUUCUCAGGAGGAAAUUGCUGAAGCUUUGGAAGACUAUAGAACUGGCAAAAAUGGAUUUGAAAAAGCAAAAGGCUGGAAGUCGAAAGCUGUGUCUCAGAGAAAGAUAUGAAAUCAAAACAAAAAUUAAAUGGCAAAACACAAGACAUUUACUAACUUGAUGAAGAACAACUUUAGAUUAAAGCACAACAUCUGAAUCAGAAUAUACUUUUUUUCAUACCUUGUUUUAGUUACCUGAUUAUAAGUUCAAUAUUUUCCAAUUUAUUAAGGAUACUUGGUCCUCUGGUUAAUUUGAAAGCUCUUUCAAAGAGGUGGCACAUGCAUAUUGGGCCGACUGGCCUCCUUCUGUCAUUCUAUGAUUCUAUGACAUGUGACAACCCAUUUUAGAAAGAGCCUUUAGCUACACUGAGAGACCUACUCCUGAAUUCAUGAUGCACUGCCUGCCUUGUGCCUUGCUGCUUGAUUCCCAAUGGUCAGAAUUUGCAAGGAGGCACUUUGUGUGGCAGUUUUAAAUGCCCUUGCAGCAGGACUGUUGGCCUACAUUUCCUUUGCUCCAGUGAGUGCUAGUGACAAAUAGAGCUGCUAUUUGAAGUGAGAAAAACUAGAAAAAAAUCUUCCACACUGUACUGCCUUGUGCCCAAAGAAUCCUUUAGCCAUCCUUGUAAGGUGACAUUCUGGGGACUCAAAUAUUUUCCAGUUUCCAUUACCCACCAACCAGGGCCUUGCUUUAUAGAGAGUUUCUCAUAGUUUGGUUCAGUGGUCAGAAUAUUGAGAUAGCAAGUGACAAGGUUUUCAGCCUAGCAAGAAGGGUCAAAUCCAUCAUUCCCAUCUCAUUGUAUCAGGUGAUAAGGUUACCUGCUAUGUUCUGUAAUAAUAUGUAUUUUUCAAUAUGAUUGAAAAAGUGGGUAUCUGUAUAAAUUAUGGGGAUGUGACAUCACUCAUUGGCUCUGCAAGCAAUUCACCACCUAUAAUAGGAAACUAGUGGAAUCACAUGCUAACAACAGAAUCAUAGGAUGUUACAACACAGAAAGAGGGCAUUCAGUCUAUUGUACCUGUGCCAACUGUUUGAAGAACUCUCCAGUCCCACCGCCUUAAUUCUUUUCCCUGUAGCCCUGCAAAUCUUCCCCCUUCAAGUAUUUAUCAAAUUCCCCUUUUGGAAGCUUUUGGAAUUUACUAUUGAAUCUUCCACUAUCCUCUCAGGCAAUGUAUUCCAGAUCAUAACAGCUCACUGUGUAAAAAAUAAAAUUCUCGUCAUCACCUCCACUGGCCCCUUCACCAGCUAUCUCAAAUCUGUAUCCUCUGGUUGUUGAUUGUUCUGCUACUGGAAAUAGUUUCUCUCUGUUAACUCUAUCAAAAUCCCUCAGAAUUCUGAACACCUCUACUAAACUUUUUCUGCUCUUAAAGAUUACAAUCUAAGCUUCCCAGUCUCUCCACAUGUUGGGGUUUGGGAGGUGGAGAAAAUGGUGGCGUAGUGGUAAAGUAGUUGGAUGAGUUACCUAGAUUCCACCACCCUUUCAGACAGUGCAUUCCCCGUUGGAAUGACUCACUGUGUAAAAGAAUGUUUCCCCAUGAUGCCUCUGAUUCUUUGCUGCUUGGAUCUAUGUCUUCUAGUCAUUAUCCCCUGAGUUUCUCCUUAUACUCUAUCUAAACUGUUCAUGAUUUUGAUCAGCUCGAUCAAGUCACUUAUCAAAACACAUCACUUCAUACUUCACUGCCACAUGCCUUCCCAUUUUGUCAGUCCAUGUCCUCCUGAAAUCUAUUAUUAUCCCUUCCAACCUGGGAAUAACACCCCUGAUUUAUUUUAAGUUUACACAGAAGCUGAGGUGGGAUAAGAAACUCAGUGGGAUAAGGGCAGAAUUCAAACAUCACAAAGUUUAGGUGUUGCACUGUUCUGCAGUGGUUGAUUGCUUAUGCCUUCUCCACAUCCCUGAAACAAUCCUUUCCAGUCUGCUAAAGCUGGUAAUCCAAAAAAAUUAAGGUUGCUGAUGGGCAUCUUGCCUUAGCUGAGCAGGUAAUGCAAUCAGCCUCAUUGCUCUAGCAUUGGGAGACUAUAGCAACAGAUGAUGCUCAUAGCUACACCCAUCGAGGUUUACUGUAAGCUUAUAAAUUAAUGAUAUUGUACUAUCCCCGUGGAGUUUACAGGGAAAAAACUAUUGACUUGAAUUGUUAUGCAACCAGACAGAGACUAGCUGACAUCAGAUGAGUCACUGACAGGUCCACGUGUAAGUGGGUUUUAUUAAUUGUUUGUAAUAAACAUAUGGGCCUUUCAAUACACA